UUCAGAGCGUUCGCACGCGACGCCUCCUACUAUUUUUACGAAACUUCUUCUUUACGUUUUCAUAUAAGAAAAUGCCUUCAUGGUGGGACUAUUUGCAAUUUAAUCGACAGUAUCAUAAUAAGCGAAACUUAGAAGAAGGUUUAUUUCAAAUAGCCUCACAAACUUGCAAUAUAUUAGUAAAGGUCAACAACACGAAUAAUAUUAAUUUGACGAGAAAUAAUAGAAGUGACGAGUACGGAUGCGCCGGACCUCCUAAAGGAAAAAGUUCAAUGCAGAUCUGCGUACCCAAGUUUAGAAAAAAUUCUAUCACGGCGGGCUGCAAUCCUGGACUAUCAACUGUGCUAGAAUCAGGGAGUGUGGGGAACGCGUCGUCAUCUGAUGAGGAGUUGGAGCAGUGGGAGCAGAUAUUCAUGAUGAGAGAUGAAAAUGGAAAUAGUUACAAUGAUAAAAGAAAGAAGCGAAGUAUAUGGUGCAGACCUUCAUGCAUCCCCGUGUCAAUAGUGAUAGUUUUAAUAGUGCUAGUUGUACUGGUCCCACUGCUCGAUCAGCCAAACAUCGCACAUGUGUUACCGACCAUUGCUCACGUUGAAUUGCAUUGCUCAGACGAAUGUAGGUUAUCUUUAGUGGAGAGUAUACCGGAAGGUCACAUUUAUCCUCCAAAUGCAACUCAUAUGCCAACUAAAAAUGCUUGGUUAGAUUUGAUAGAUGAAGCUCAAAAGUCAAUAGAAAUUGCCUCUUUUUAUUGGACUCUUAGAUUUAAUGAAGAAUAUCCUUAUAAUUCUUCUAUAGAGGGUGAACAAGUUUUCCAAGCAUUACUUGCAGCUGGUACAAAGAGGAAUAUAGAUUUAAAAAUUGCUCAAAACUGGCCCUCAAAGGCAAAUCCUAAUAUAGAUACUGAAUAUUUAGUUAAGAAAAAGGCAGCACAGGUGAGAAGCCUGAACUUCUCUAAGCUGCUGGGCGGUGGAGUGCUGCACACGAAGUUUUGGAUCGUGGAUCGUCAGCACUUUUACAUCGGCAGCGCCAACAUGGACUGGAGGUCGCUCACACAGGUGAAGGAGCUAGGCGUUUUAGCAUACAACUGCUCCUGUCUGGCGACCGACUUGGCGAAGAUAUUCGAUGUAUAUUGGAGUCUGGGUGCAGCGGACGCCGUUGUGCCGGACAGCUGGCCGUCCGAGCUCAGCACGGACAUCAACAUGCAGCAUCCAAUCAACAUAUCUGAUGGAAACAGUACAUUUGGAGCUUACAUAACUAGUUCACCGCCGCCCUUAAGCCCUAAUGGACGAACUAAUGACGACGAUGCGAUCGUUAACAUAAUCCACUCGGCCGAGGAGUUCAUCUACAUCGCUGUUAUGGACUACGGACCGGCACUGGAGUAUGCGCCCAAACUCAAAUUUUGGCCGAAGAUUGACGACGCGAUUCGUCGCGCGGCGCUGGAGGCGCGCGUGCGCGUGCGCAUGUUGAUCAGCUGGUGGAAACACUCGCAGCCCUCGGAGGAGCACUACCUCGCCUCGCUGGCGGCGCUCGCCAACGCCUACCCGCGCGUCGACAUACAGGUGCGGCGCUUCAUCGUGCCGUCAACGCCGGCGCAGGACAAGAUCCCGUUCGCUCGCGUCAACCACAACAAGUACAUGGUGACGGAGCGCACGGCGUACGUGGGCACGUCCAACUGGUACGGCGACUACUUCGUGGACACGGCGGGCGCGGCGCUGGUGUCGGAGCGCGGCGCGCUGCGCGGCCGCCUGCGCGCCGUGUUCGAGCGCGACUGGGCCUCGCCCUACGCCGUGCCGCUGCGCGCCUUAUAACGCCGCGCUGCUCCCUCGCCGUGCUUUUAUUUUGCGACUUCGACUCGAUACGUGCAGCCAAAAUUAUUAUCCGUAACCUUAGGGGAGAUACCCACAGGAAACGCUGAGCUUUUUGAUCAGUGAAAAAUUCGAACAGUUCUAUACGUUAUGAAAUAAUUUGAAUUU